GAAUGCAGCUGUAACACGCUGCACUUCCCUGUUCCUGCUCCUCCCAGCUCAAAGAUGGCAGCCAUGGGACAGAGACGAGAGACGACACGAAUUUAGGAGUUUUGUCAUGAAACCUUAGCGGGGUGUAGCUGUUACAUGCAUGGUUUUAACAUGACAGUGAUAUCAUUUGUCACUGCCAAUGUGUCGUUUUACGAAGACAAUUAAAGGUUUCAGAAAUAUCAUGUUUUCCUGUGGGCUAAGCUAGCAAGCAACGGUUAGCAAAUAAAUGAACUUGCCUCUCCUGCAAUACAAGAAGAAAGCAGCCGCUCUCCAUACGGUGUAUUGACAUAUUGCGAGCUCAGUUUCAUCAUGGCCAUCACUCAGUUCCGUCUCUUCAAGAUCUGCACAUGUCUAGCCAGCUUAUUUUCUUUCUUUAAAAGGUUGAUAUGCAGGAGUGGAAGGGGCCGCAAGCUCAGUGGUGAUCAAAUAACUCUCCCGACAACAGUGGAUUUUUCAUUAUCGGUACCAAAACAGCCCGAGAUCGAAGAAUGGAGUUCUUGGGAUGAAGAUGGUCCUACAAGCAUUAAGAUUGAAGGUGGCAACGGAAAUGUUUCCCCAACACCCAACGACAUGGACGAAGAGCCCGACUACUUCAAAGACAUGACUCCCACCAUCAGGAAAACACAGAAGAUAGUGCUGAAGAAAAGGGAGCCUUUGAACUACCUGGUGCCUGAUGGCUCAGCAGGUUUCUCCAGCAGACUGGCAGCCUCUCAGGAUAUGAUGACCUUCAAUCCACCCUCAGCUGAACUGGGAGAAAUGGACAACUGGCAGGAGAACUCGAAUGCCUGGGAGGACGAGUCUAAUGCUGCCUGGGAGGCAGAGGAGGUGUUCAGACAACAGAAGAUGGCUGAGAGAGAAAAGCGGUCCAUGGAGCAGCAAAGGAAGAAGAUGGAGAAAGAUGUUCAGAGGAUGAUGAAGAAGGAGCAGAAGAUUGCCGUCAAGCUCUCGUAACAUUUUAGAAAUGCUCAAUUUUGAGCCAUAAGGGAUGGGAGGGGGAAAAGACACUGAAUCAAUCGUCACUCUGUCUUUAAAGUCAUCAUGCCGAGCAGGAUUACCACUCUACUCUACUUAUCUGUUAGCAAACUGUCCUCCACCCUGUUUCCACCAGCAGCCAUUUUAGUCUGUUUUCCAGUUGCAGCAGUGUAAAAUGCAUCAUUCUUGAGGGCAGAUAACGCACCCGGUGUACUCCCUCUUCAUGUGGCAAGGUCAUUUUGGUCUUCAAGGGAGAGCUGUAUUUAUACAAUCCAGUUCAUCUUAGGUUAAAGGUUGAACGCAGCAUUAGAGGGUACCUCUUAGAUUCUGAUUAAAUUUCGGGUAGCGUAGAAAAGUUUUAAAUUCUGUUUUUUCUCCAGGAACAUUUGUAAAUAAACGGGUACCUGUACUACCUUUUGAAACUCAAAUAGGGAGUACAAUUCCCUUUCUUUGUCUUAUUUAUAACCUGAAAGGACAAAAGAGAGUAAUUAAUUUAAAGCAUCACUGUAUACCAGUGACAUCCCUUGGUUUGCUUUAUUAUGUUUUUAUAUUUAUGUCUUUCAUUGUCUGAAAACUGAUUUUGUUUUUUGUUUCCUAAUGAAUGUUGCUUAACAUUUCAAACGAUCUCCCGGAUCUGUGCAGCCCUGAGUAUCUGGACAUCUGCAUUAAAAUGAAGGCUGAUGAUUAUGAGUAAGGAUAAAUGACCACAGUCUAGAAUCUAGCCCAACUAUAAAUGUUAGCUGUGGGUUCCUAUGGUAAUCUCAUGGCUACUAAUCUGCCAUAUUUUCCCCUUGUUAGUCAGCUUUUGAUAUAGAAGGAAAAUAUCCAGAGAUCACUGCAUUGUUUUGUUUAGGGGGUUGGAUUGUUACUUUGCUCUAAAAAAAAGUUGAUCCGCUCACUGCACAGACGCUGUCUUUCUAAAACAUGGAUCACCAUCACAGUGUAAUGUCAGACUGGUUACCUUGGCCCGAUGAGAAGAUUCAAAAAUAAAUUCU